CUUUCACACACAAUCAAAUCAAUCUUCUCCAUCUCAUUCUCUCUUCCUUCCUACCCUAAUGACAAUCCACAUAAACCAUCCAAUUCCAAAGUUUAGAACUUUACCCUUUUGCUAUCAGUUUGCCCAUCUUCUUAUUUAUCUUUGACCAGGGAAACACACACAGGAACAGGGACAGGGAGGGUUCUCUCUCUCUUUCUUUCUUUGCCUUUUUAUUUUGUGGUUUUGUUAGUAGUUAGUAUUAUCUAAUCUCUCUAUCUGGGUAUGGUUUGUUUAAUUGUUAUAUUUUAGGACAGGAAAAAGAAUAUCUAAUCUUAAAUCUAUCAUCCCCAUCUUUACCUCGCUGUCUAAAAAUGUCUCAACAGCAACAAAUUCCAAUUGAGAGGACAAAUGGGCGGUACAACAACAGUAAACAGGCCAUGUCUUCUUCCCCUUAUCCCUCCCCAACUGCCACCUACGAGCAAGUAGCCCAAAGCGCCGACCUUUUCUGGGAAAAGCUCAAAGCUUUUCACAAAUCACUCGGCACCAAAUUCAAGACUCCUACCGUAGGAGGAAAGGCUCUAGAUUUACAUCGACUUUUUGUGGAGGUCACAGCCCGUGGUGGUCUUGAAAAGGUAAUUAGAGAUCGUAAAUGGAAAGAAGUGAUUGAGGUCUUCAAAUUCCCAACAACUAUUACGAGUGCGUCAUUUGUUUUAAGGAAAUACUAUCUGUCAGUUUUGUAUCACUUUGAGCAAGUCUAUUACUUCCACAAACAAGUUUCUUCAAUCUCUACACCUGAUACUGAAAGUAGGAGCCCCAUAAAUGGAUCAGCAAACAUAGUGGAUUACUCCUCUACCAAUCAAUUGACGGGUCAAGUUCCAGAGUUGCCGCUUGGUAGUUCGGUGUCGGGAAUCAUUGAUGGAAAAUUUGACAAUGGUUACCUGGUUACUGUGAAGUUGGGUUCUGAGCAACUUAAAGGUGUCUUGUACCAUAUUCCCCAAAUGCUUCAAGUAUCUCAAAGUUCAAAUACUUCAGGUCUACCACCUCACCAGCGUCGGAAGAGAUCCCGAUUGGCUUUACGGGACCCUUCCCGACCUAAGUCAAAUAGGAGUGGCUAUAAUUUCUUCUUUGCUGAGCACUAUGCUCGGUUAAAACCUAUGUACUAUGGGCAAGAAAAAGCCAUUAGCAAGAAGAUUGGGCAUCUAUGGAACAAUCUAACAGAUGCUGAAAGACAGGUUUAUCAGGAGAAGGGGUUGAAAGACAAGGAGAGAUACAAAAACGAAAUGUUGGAGUAUAGAUCUUCCUACGAUUCAACAGCUCAGUGAUAAGUUCCUUUCGAGCAGGAACUCAGUGGAUUUAAAUCUCAACUUUCUCUUGACUUUGAGUAUGGAUUGCCAUUUGAUUAUCAGAGACACAUUAUCAUGACCAUGAUGAUGUUAAUCCUGGAACAACACCUUAUUUCUGAAGCCUUUGCAGUUUAAUUUGGGCUGAAGUUAUUUAGUCUAUUAAUUAUUGUCCUUUUAUCAUUUUAGUCUAGGAAGUUAGUUGUUUUUUUUUUUUUUUAACUGAUCUAGAAACUUCAAAAAGUAAAUCCAAAUGGUCUAUUUGUCAAAGUUUGUGAGUUUUUCUAAUGAAAAUCUACUUCAAUUCUAUGUGGCACCAAGGAAACACUUCAUGAGUCAAGAAAAUUAGAUUUCAACUCAUAAUUAAACUUUCCUCUCAUUGUGGGCAAUUGAUCAUUUGUCUUUUUCAGUUUUCUGAUCACCGCUUGUUCUAAUUUUCUUGAGUCUAGUAAAUUUUUUAGACUUUA